AGAAAUCAAAGAAGUAAUGUAAAAUAAAAUAAAAUCUCCAACAAGAGUAGCGUUUGUUUUUUAUGGUAUACAUAGCGGGUGCAGUAACUUCUGAGGACUCUGGGCGCCGCUGUUCACCUACUAGGAAAGAAUCGCAGCCAGCGCUCCGUCCGGAUUCUCGGGGCUCCAACUACACAAAAGCUCCACAGUUCCUACAAACCGGCUCCGGGGCUGCAGCGACACUCACUCUAGAAUUUAAGGUGCUCAGCCUACAGAGACUCCUUGCAGCCAGAGGAAGAAAAAGGGACCGGUCAAAACACGCAACGUGUCCAGUGAGGACAUUGCCAGAAUUCCGUGACCAAACAACAAUGGCCGCUCAAAGGAAUAGCUCCGACCGCUGCGCGCUGGUCCUGCUCUGCCUUUUUCUCGGUGCGCCGUGGGAGUCUGAUGCCCGGCAGAUCCGCUACUCGGUGCCUGAGGAGCUGGACAAAGGCUCCUUCGUGGGCAACAUCUCCAAGGAUCUGGGACUGGAGCCCCGGGAGCUGACGGAGCGCGGAGUCCGCAUCGUCUCCAGAGGUAGGACGCAGCUUUUUGCUCUGAAUCCGCGGAGUGGCAGCUUGGUCACGGCGGGCAGGAUAGACCGGGAGGAGCUCUGCGCUCAGAGCGCGCGGUGUCUGGUGAGUUUUAACAUUCUUGUGGAAGAUAGGGUGAAACUUUUCGGGAUAGAAAUAGAAGUAACUGAUAUCAACGAUAAUGCCCCCAAAUUCCAAGCGGAAAAUCUAGACGUAAAAAUCAAUGAAAAUGUCGCUGCAGGGAUGCGUUUUCCUCUCCCGGAAGCUGUUGAUCCGGAUGUGGGCGUGAACUCCCUACAGAGCUACCAGCUCAGCCCUAGUAGGCACUUCUCCCUAGCAGUUCAGAGCCGUGCCAAUGGUGUCAAGUACCCGGAGCUGGUGCUGGAGCGCGCUCUGGAUCGGGAGGAAGAGGCACAGCACCACCUGGUCCUCACUGCCUCCGACGGGGGUGACCCUCUCCGAUCUGGCACUGUCCUCAUCAGUGUCACUGUCUUCGAUACAAAUGACAACGCACCUGUCUUCACUUUGCCUGAAUACCGAGUGAGUGUUCCAGAGAACUUGCCUGUGGGCACACAGCUGCUGACAGUCACUGCUACCGACAGGGAUGAAGGAGCCAAUGGAGAAGUGACAUAUUCAUUCCGAAAAUUACCUGAUACACAAUUACUGAAAUUCCAACUAAACAAAAAUACUGGAGAAAUAAAAAUAUCAGAAAAUCUAGAUUAUGAAGAAACAGGCUUCUAUGAAAUAGAAAUACAAGCAGAAGAUGGAGGAGCAUAUCUUGCAACUGCAAAAGUGUUGAUUACCAUAGAAGAUGUAAAUGACAACAGUCCAGAAGUGACCAUCACAUCUCUGUUUAGUCCCCUGAAGGAAGAUUCACCUCUGGGGACUGUUAUAGCUCUUUUAAACGUGCACGAUCUAGACUCUGGGCAGAAUGGACAGGUCACCUGCUCCAUAGCAGGAAAUCUACCAUUUAAGUUAGAAAAGUCCAUUGACAGUUACUAUAGAUUGGUGACACAUGGGGCUCUUGACAGGGAGCAGGUAUCCUCUUACAAUAUUACUGUAACAGCCACAGAUGGAGGAAGUCCACCCCUGUCGAUGGAAGCUCACUUCACCCUGCAAGUGGCAGAUAUCAAUGACAAUCCACCCACCUUCUCUCACAUAUCCUACGUUACCUAUAUCCCAGAGAACAACCCAAGAGGUGCCUCCAUCUUUUCAGUGACUGCACUAGACCCUGACAGCAAAGAGAAUGCUCAGAUUAUUUACUCUCUAACUGAAGACACUAUCCAGGGGGCACCUCUAUCUUCCUAUAUCUCCAUCAACUCUGACACAGGAGUCCUGUAUGCACUUCGCUCCUUCGACUAUGAGCAGUUUCGUGACCUACAGAUGCAGGUAACUGCCACAGAUAGUGGUAACCCACCACUCAGCAGCAAUGUGUCUCUAAGUCUAUUUGUGCUGGACCAGAAUGACAAUGCUCCAGAGAUCCUGUACCCCUCUCUUCCCACCGAUGGUUCCACUGGUGUGGAAUUGGCACCCCGCUCUGCAGAGCCUGGUUAUCUGGUGACUAAGGUGGUGGCAGUGGACAGAGACUCAGGCCAGAACGCCUGGCUGUCCUACCGCCUGCUGAAGGCCAGCGAGCCAGGGCUCUUCACGGUGGGGCUGCACACGGGAGAGGUGCGCACUGCACGGGCCCUGCUGGAUAGAGACGCCCUCAAGCAGAGCCUGGUGGUGGCAGUUCAGGACCAUGGCCAGCCCCCUCUCUCCGCAACUGUCACACUUACUGUGGCCGUGGCUGACAGCAUCCCAGAUGUCCUGGCCGACCUGGAAAGUCUUGAGCCUUCCAACAACCCUGACCACUCCAGCCUCACGCUGUACCUGGUGGUGGCAGUGGCUGCUGUCUCCUGUGUCUUCCUUGCCUUUGUCAUCAUGUUGCUGGCACUCAGACUACGCCGCUGGCACACAUCUCGUCUGCUCCAGGCUUCAAGAGGCGGGUUGGAGGGCGUGCCCGCCUCGCAAUUUGUGGGCGUGGAUGGGGUGCGGGCCUUCCUGCAGACCUAUUCCCAUGAGGUCUCCCUCACUGCUGACUCUCGGAAGAGUCAUCUGAUCUUUCCUCAGCCCAACUAUGCAGACACGCUCAUCAGCCAGGAGAGCUGCGAGAAAAAGGAUCCUUUGUCUUUGUUAGAUGAUUCGAAGUUUCCUAUAGAAGAUACCCCUUUGGUUCCACAAGCCCCGCCCAACACGGACUGGCGUUUCUCUCAGGCCCAGAGACCCGGCACCAGCGGCUCCCAAAAUGGCGAUGAAACCGGCACCUGGCCCAACAACCAGUUUGACACAGAGAUGCUGCAAGCCAUGAUCUUGGCCUCUGCCAGCGUUUCCUCAGCCAAGAAAAUGGGGCAGCGACCUCAGAGGGCUGUCCUGAGGACUAAAUGAGAUGAUACCACAAAGCACGAAGUACUGGGUCUGGCACAUAGGCCCUCAAUCCAUGGAUGUGGGGGAGGGGUGUUCCCAGCAGAGAGAACAGACUCAGGAUAUGUGAGACCCCUUCUCUUUUUUUGCUUACCCACCCUCAGAGCAGGAUUUUUGUUUUCCCAGGAGGCUAAGGCUAGCAAAGCACUUCACAUGCAAUAGAGAUUCUGUUGAUGGUUAUUGUCCCUGAAAAGUCACAAGGGUCCUGAACAGGGGAAGUAGAAUGAUAUCAUUACUAUUGAAGAGCACAGGCUUUGGAGGCAGGUCAACAUGGAUCCAAAUUCUGGCACCCCUGUGCACUGUGAGUCCUCGGGCAAGUUACUAACCCCCUCUGGGCCUCAGUUUCACUGACUCUAAAAGGGGCACAGUAAUAACAGCUCUCAUUGUGGUGUGGUACAGGACCUAAUGUAAGACCUCAGCACAGAAUUAACAGAGAGUAAGGACACAAUAUAGAGUGGCUAAGACUGGUUAAUUAUUAUCUUUAUUGAUCCAUAGGAGUGGAUAGAAGGCUGAAUUAGAAUAGAGCCCAUUAAUAAGGACUAGCUUCUGGAGCAGCACAUCUGGGCUUCUAUGGAGGAUGGUGGGGGAUUAAGGCACUGGCCUUACGUAGUCGCUGAGAGCCCUGCCCUCCAGCAUGGAGGGCUGGUGGGUAGAGAAGCAGGUCAAAUCAGAACAAUAAUCGCCAUAACCACGCCCCUGUGCCAGGCACAUGCCAGACAAACUCUAUGGGCCUCAUGUCCGUGAACCCUCUCAGCAGCUCUGCGAGGCAGGUCUGAUUACUUCCACCUGACAGACAAGAGACUGAGAAGUCACUUGUCCACUAACCUGGCCCGACUCCCAAGUUGAUGUUCUCUCUGCUCCAGUGACCCUGUCUGCCUUGAGAUCCAGCCUCUGUUUCCCUUUUAGCUGAGUAAAUCGAGGCUGAAUUCUCACUGCCCUGUAUUAUUCUCCAAGAUUAGGGUUGCCAGGUAGAAAGAAGAUGAUCAAUCAGUUAAAUUUUGACUUCGGGUAAACAACAAAUAAUAUUUUAGCAUAAGUAGGUCCCAAACAUUAGUAUUGGGACAUACAGCACUAAAAAAAAUUGCUUGUUGUUGACCUGAAAUUCAUAUGAACUGGGUACCCUGUGUUUUUACUUGCUAAGUCUGGCAAGCUUCCUCCAGAUGUCUGUGAGGCCCAGUGGGGCCAGGACUGUGGUUAGGAAGGGGCAAGUGGCAAAGGCGACCAGCAUUCCGGAUGGAGUGGAGCGCGGCCCAGAGAGGCCAGAUGCUGAGUUUGAAAGAGGGAGGCAGCUGGGUCUGGGGAGAGGCCAAGUCGGGUUCUUGAGGGAAGUAAACAGGCAGUCAGGUAUAUUUAGCUCUUGUGGCCUUGAGCCCUAAGGCCAGGAAGCAGGCUUUUUAGCCUAAAUCCACAUUUUAAAAACAGAAAUGGAGUAUUUAUGGCCCCAAACCCUCUCAGAAGGUCCCCUGGGUCACUGCAGGCCGGCCUCCCUCUCAGGGCUCCCCGCCUCUGGCCCACACAGGGCCUGACCUGAGUGUAAGCCUGGGCUCUGGGGAACAGACCCUGAGGGGGGAGGUGGCAGGGUCAGGCCCUACUCUCACUUUCACACCCGCUUCCCUGCCCUGGAGCCAGAGAGGUUCCUGGAGUCCAGCCCAGCCAGGCCUGUGGGGCUGCUGAGGGGGAGUAAGAGGGAGAGAGUAAGUACACUUGGGAGGCUUCUUAAAUAAACAUUUCAGGGAGGAGGUGUGCUCUCAAGGAGCCUGCGGUCUGCAGUUCAACUGGCUGAGGUCUCGCUUGACCAGGCCUCCUGGACUGCCCUAGAGUUGCUGCCCCAGCCCUGGGGUGGAGGGCAGGAGGCAAGGGGAGGUUAUGGUGCCUGGAGCUGUUUCCCCAGGCGAGGCUGGACUAGAGAGGAGGCCAGCACCGCUUCCCCCUCCUCCAAACCAGAGGAUGCCCAGGUUCUUCUUGCUGCUCUUCAACGUCUGUUUCUCUUGGAUGAGGGAAGAUGCUGGUCCCUGCCCAGCGUGGCUCUUGCAGGGGUAGAGAGAGGGGCCAUUGGAGAAUUCAUUCUACAGGUCAGAGCCUGCCCCCCAACUUCUUCCCCACAGAUUUACAGACAGGGAAACUGAGGCCUGACUCAAGCAAGGCCUGGUCACGGUCACACGGCUCCUUAGUGGCAGAGCUGACCAGACAGAAGUGAAGUGGCAGCCUCUUUCUAGGAACAUUCUUCUCCCUUCGGGUCCAGCUCACCUCCACUGCACCCCACAGAGCCUGGGCCAACAUCAGGCCUGUGCCUCUGGGAAGGAGGCGGCAGGGGCUGGCUUAGUCAUUUGCACCCAACCUGGUGCUCCUCAGAGAUCUUGGGUGCCUGUAGGGUGUGGGUGGGCCUGGCUUCCAGUUACCCAGCCAAGCCUUUCCUUUAUUUCUGUUUCUCUUUCUCUUCCCCCUGUUUCCCCCAAGUCCUGUCUCAAUAUCGCUCUCCCUAUCUCGCUCUUCUGAGUUCUGAAGUCUCCCCUCUGGCCCUUAAAUCACUCUUGAAUCCUGGCUCUUAAAGCCGGAUCUGGCCCCCUCCCCCAUCCCCUCUGUUCCCAGGCUGGAAGAGGGCACGUGGGAGGGGAGGGGGCGGGCAGUCAAGGUCCCAGUACCCUCCUGGAGUGAAUUAGGGGAAACCGAGAAAUGUUAGCGCGAUGAAAGGCCUGGGGGAGGAAAAGGGAAGUGGCAGCUGCUCCCUCCCUCCUAGCCCGUCCUCCCCGCCCCCUGAAGGCCCUCUGAUCGGGGGAUUGGGGACUUGAAUUGAAACCUGAGCGCUGGAGUGAGGAGGCGGAGAGACCCAGGCUCAUCCCUCCUUUCCUUCUCUUAUGCCCCUCCCCCCUUGUGCUGUUCUUUGAAAUAUUUCUCUAUUUCUCAAUCCCUGGUUGGUGUCCCAGGAUUACUCAGCCUCUCCGGCUUUAGUCACCCACUCUACCCACUCCCUGGGUCCCCGCGGUGGGGGCCGAAGGAGGCUGAGAGGAAAGCACUCGUCAGCCUGGCUGGGGCUGGGCCGGGCAUUCCAGGGGCUUUAACCUGCCCACUGCCAGGGGACUCCAAUACCCUUGUGAACUCAGCCAUCAGAACGCCUGGCUCCUUCCCCCUUACACACACACACACACACACACACACACACACUCAGCAAUGACACACUGUGAUGGCAACAGCAGCCAGCAUUGCACAUGUACCAGGUGCCCGGGCACUGGAUAAGCACUGUCUCCUUUAAGCCUCACAAAAGCCCACUUCCCCACCUUCAACGUGAAAACAAAUCACCUUGUUAAAAUGCAGAUUCAGAGAGUCUGCAUUUCUUUUUCUUUUUUCUUUUUGUGUUUUUAUUGAUUUCAGAGAGGAAGGUUAGAGAGGAAGGGAGAGGGUUAGAG